AUGGGCGACGACGCAUCAAGACGGACGUCUUAUCAAUCCCAAGCCUCCCGUACCCCGAGUGUUCAAGGCAGCUCUUCAAACCUGCCGCCUCAGAGCUUCUGGAAAAUCGGUGAGUACAAACGCGUGGUGAAACGGCUGGAUGAAGGAAUUCACAACUGCGAUAUAGUGCAGGCGAUGAUAAAAGAAAGGGCGGCAGUUGAGCACGAGUACACAAAAGCGCUGGAGAAAUGGGCCGAGAAGUGGCACAAGCACUAUACAAGGAAACCCGAAUAUGGAACGCUGAUGGAAGGCUACGACGCGCUUCUAAACCAGGCCAAGCAAUGUGCAAAUAUACACGAGACCGUGAGCAAUAAUCUCAUAGCGCUGGCAGAUUCCGAAAUGCCGAACUACAAAAAAGAACAAUAUACGAGGGGGUUCCUGGGUGGAUAUAAGCAGACAAAGACAGCGGACGCCGGCUUCAGCAAAGCCCAGGCACAAUGGUACAAGCUCGACAGCAAGACAAAGUCGCAGCAUAAGUCAUACGAGAACGCGUGCAAAUCCAGGGUCAAGGCGCAGGAGGCACUGCAAGCAGCUGUGGCCAGCUCAGACCACACCACGGAGCAGGUGCGGAAGCUGGAGGAUAAACUGACUGCCGCGCAAGCGGAGGAGGUCAAGAGGAAGGGUAAAUACGAAGCCGCCGUAGACGCGCAACUGGCAGAUAAGCCUCGGUACAUGAACGACAUGACCACGGAGUUCAAUCUCUGCCAGGAAACCGAGAUGCACCGAGUCAGUAAAGUGAAAGAAGUUACCAUUCAAGCAGUACAUCAUUUGGAUGUGACACAAGUGCCCACGCACAAAGCUAUGUUCUCAGACGCGCUCAAUCAACAAGAAAUGAUCAGCCCUCAGGAAGACAUCCAGGCCUAUGCUAAAUCACACGGCGUGGAGAUGGAUAUGGAAUGGCCUCAGUUCCAAGAAUUCGAAGGCCCAUCAGCAAAUCCACCGAACGAGGCGAAGCAUGCAGACAAUGGCCAGGCCCCCAUGGGCGGUGGUGCGUAUUCUACACAGAAUAGCCAUGUACAGGAGAGCUUUUCCCAGAAUGACGGUGCACAAACAAGCUUUGCACGACAAGAUUCAUUCGGAGUGCCGGCGGCGGCAGCAGUUGCACCAGUGGCUGCUACAGGAGGAGGCCGAGUAGCUACAGCGAUGUAUGACUACGAAGCUCAGGACGCCGAUGAACUCACGUUUGGGGAAGGAGAUCAGAUAAUUAUAAUCGAGGAGGUAGACGAGGCUGGUUGGUGCAAGGGUGAACUUCGGGGGAGGGUUGGACUAUUGCCAGCUAACUAUGUAGAGUAGUCUAGGUGGCGUAUGUACGUGUCUGCGCCACGAUCAUGCGAUGGCAGCUUCUAGAUUUGUACUACCUCAAUAAACGAAUAUACUUG